CGCCAGUUAAGACCAAGUUACGAACGAACCGUUGAGCAAGCAACAUGCAGUCCCAACUCAUCGCCAUCCUGCUGGCCUCCGUGGCCAUUGGCUCCUGCCUCGCCAAUCCCAGCCUCAUCUCUGGACCCUCCAGGAUGAUGGAGAUAAUGAGGGCCACUAGUGAAAACCAGCGGAAUAACCCACAAUUGGCGGCGGCCUGCUUCGCCUACUACAACGACGUCUUCAACUCCGACUACGCUACGUACGAGGUGGAGUACAACCAGUGCCAUGAAAAGUUCAAUGGGGGCCGCGAGGAGGUCCUGGAGCGUUACGAUCCUGUCGUCUGGGAUCUGAGCAACUCCACCUUCGACUCGUGCAUGUACUUGCUGGACUGCGAUAACCACAAUAACAGUCAGAAUGCGCUUAACUGCUAUGCCAGUGACGGACCAAAAAUGUCUAAGCAGUUGACCAGUGUGGCCUCCAAUGCUUCGAACUUCUAUGGAGCCCUGGUGCAGGAGGUCGAGCAGCUCAGCUAUACACGUGAUCUGUGCUGCAACACCACGGCCAGGAACUACGAGAUCCGCUCCGGUGACUCGUACGAGGCCUUCCAGAGUUGUCUGGCUGGUCUGACUCCAGUACCCACCAUCCCCCCGAGCACCACCACCCUGAGCACCACCACCCCGAGCACCACCACCCCGAGCACCACCACCCCGAGCACCACCACCCCGAGCACCACCACCCCGAGCACCACCGCCUCGAGCACCACCAGCUUGCCAACCACCACAACCACAUCCCUACCAGCGGUAGUUGUAUCCAAUGAGAAAACGACAACCGGCCUACCACCUACCAUCUUACCCUCGACCAUUUCCCAUUUCGGAGCCGAUGGAAGCAACAGUGCCAACAGCAAGCACCGAUGGGGAAACAAACUGAGCAAUAUUUUCAAGCAUAUUGGCUAAGACACGAAAAACUUGUAAAUAAAGAGCAUUUGUCUAAAAAUA